GAGCAAUCACAGCCGCCCCGACCUUGGCUUCCUCUGCUGGGUGGGAUUGGGGGCUGGGCCCCCAAACAGGCCCUGGCUUCCCCCUUCCUCCGGGCAGGGGAGAGAGAGGCGCAGGCCCAGGGAGCAGGGACUGACUUCCUCUUGUCCGGGAAUGAGCAUGCCUGCCCUUUGCAGGCAGGUUUGGGUUUCUCACGCAGAGGAAACCAAAAGCAGUGAGAGGGAGGGAAGGCAGAGCGACCAAUCAAGGGCAGGGUGAGGCUCGAAACCCGCGGGCUCCCCGGGGAGCCAGACGGAGGCUGGGGGUGAUGGCGGAGCUGCAGCAGCUGCAGGAGUUUGACAUCCCCACAGGCCGGGAGGCUCUGCGGGGCAACCACAGCGCCCUGCUGCGGGUCGCAAACUACUGCGAGGACAACUAUGUGCAGGCCACAGAUAAACGGAAGGCGAUGGAGGAGACCAUGGCUUUCACCACCCAGGCCCUGGCUAGUGUGGCCUACCAGGUGGGCAACCUGGCCGGGCACACUCUGCGCAUGCUGGACCUUCAGGGAGCUGCCUUGCGGCAGGUGGAAGCCCGUGUAAGCACUCUGGACCAGAUGGUGAACAUGCAUAUGGAGAAGGUGGCCCGGAGGGAGAUUGGAACCUUGGCCACUGUGCAGCGGCUGCCCCCCGGCCAGAAGGUCAUCGCCCCCGAGAGCCUGCCCCCACUCACGCCCUACUACAGGAGACCCCUCAACUUUGGCUGCCUGGAUGACAUUGGCCAUGGGAUUAAGGACCUGAGCACGCAGCUGUCGCGAACUGGGACCCUGUCUCGAAAGAGCAUCAAGGCGCCUGCCACACCCGUCUCUGCCACGCUGGGGAGAACCCCCCGGAUCCCCGAGCCGGUGCAGCUCCCCAUGGUGCCCGAUGGCAAGCUCUCUGCAGCCUCAUCCGCCUCUUCCCUGGCCUCGGCCGGCAGCGCAGAAGGUGUCGGUGGGGCCUCCACGUCCAAGGGGCAGGCAGCACCUCCACCCCCACCUCUCCCCGCCUCCACGACCCCACCCCCUCCACCGGCUGCGGACCAGAUCUUCCUGCUGCCCCCUCCGCUGGAGGAGCUGUCCCCGCCCCCGCCGGGCCUGGAGCUGCCCCUGCCCCUGGACCUGCCCCCUCCUCUGCCCCUGGAUGGAGAUGAAUUGGGACUGCCGCCUCCACCCCCACCAGGCUUUGAGCCAGAUGAGCCCAGCUGGGUCCCUGCCACAUACUUGGAGAAAGUGGUGACACUGUACCCAUACACUCGCCAGAAGGACAACGAACUCUCCUUCUCUGAGGGCACUGUAAUCUGCGUAACCCGACGCUACUCCGACGGCUGGUGUGAGGGCGUCAGCUCAGAGGGUUCUGGAUUCUUCCCGGGAAACUAUGUGGAGCCCAGCUGCUGACUGCCUGGGGAUCAGCUGACCAAGGCUCUGCUGGCGUGGGCCUCUUGAGCCCCAGGCCAAGCCAGCACCACUCACGGCUGGACUAGGUCUGCCCACCUCUUGGGCUGUGAGCUGUUUCCUCAUCGUGGAGGUGAGGAGUCUCAGGGAGAGAGAGGAGGUGCCCAGAGACCUGCUGCAAAGGGGAAAGCACUUAAGGCCAAGAAGUUCAUGCACAGAGCAUCCCUACCCCAUGCAGGGUGGGGUCUCCAGCUGCAAGUGCCAACUUUGAAUAAAACCAAUGACCUCUCAA